GCAGGGGAGGUAUAAAUGCAGCCCCAUUUCCUCUGUGUCUUCAUCCACUCCUGUCUCCUCCAUCUCCUUGGGAUCAAGGUGCACGUUCUGCCCCGAGACAUGUCCUGCUACAACCAGUGCCUGCCAUGCCUGCCAUGUGGACCCUGUGGCCCGACCCCGCUGGCCAACAGCUGCAAUGAGCCCUGUGUCCAACAGUGCCAGGACUCCACCGUCGUCAUCCAGCCCUCUCCCGUGGUGGUGACCCUGCCCGGCCCCAUCCUCAGCUCCUUCCCGCAGAACACCGCCGUGGGAUCCUCCACCUCUGCUGCUGUUGGCAGCAUCCUCAGCUCUCAGGGAGUGCCCAUCUCUUCCGGGGGCUUUGGCCUCUCCGGCUUUGGCAGCCGCUACUGCGGCAGGAGGUGCCUUCCCUGCUAAAGCUGCUGGUGAUGGUCCUGGAGAAAGACCCCCAGGGACCCAGAAGUUUGUAGUGAGCCCAAGUUACUAGACUGAGCACAGAGCGUCAGCUUCUUCUGUUCGGGGGGGGGUUAAACUACCCCAGUACAUCUUGCAAGAGAAUGAGGCCAGCCUGGGCUCUCGGAAAGCAUGGCCCAUGUCUGCCUUUCUCGUUCUGCACUCUCUCCUUUCCCACCUGUGUCCUUGUUGCUCGGUGCUGCUCCACUGAGCUCUGAGUCCCACAGCGUCAGCCUAGAGAGGACCUUCUGGCCCUUCUCCCUCAGUAAGUGGGCACAUGGACAGCUGGUGGGAUGCCUGCCAUGGCCUCCUAUCACAGGCUCUCUUUUUCAAUUCGUGCUUCCUGCACUGGGACCCUCUCUCAGAGCGAUCUCGUUUCCCUCUUUUGACUCGAAUAUUAAAGUUCUGCUGCAUCCCAA